GACGGCAACACCGGCACCGACGGCAACACCGGCAACACCGGCACCGACGGCAGCGCCAGCGCCAGCGCCAGCUAUGACCUCGCUCAUGAAGAAAAUAAUCAGCACUACCAAGGCCCCUGCACUGGGUCCCUACAGCCAAGCCGUGCUGGUGGACCGGACAAUGUACAUUGCGGGACAGAUAGGCUUGGAACCUUCCACCGGGCAGCUUGUCUCUGGAGGGGCAAAGGAGGAAGCUAAGCAGGCUCUAAAAAACAUGGGAGAAAUCCUGAAAGCUGCAGGCUGUGACUAUGGCAAUGUUGUGAAGACUACGGUUUUGAUGGCAGACAUGAAGGACUACAAUGAUAUUAAUGAUGUUUAUAAGCAAUUUUUCAAGGCAAACUUUCCAGCCAGGGCAGCCUAUCAAGUUGCUGCUUUGCCCAAAGGUGCCCGAGUUGAGAUUGAAGCUAUUGCCAUUCAUGGGCCCCUCCAAGAUGCUUCAGCCUGACUAUAAACAGAGACUGGAUAUCCUACAGCGGCAGUUUUGGAUUUGAUUAAUACUUCUCCCUUUACAUCCGAUUCCUACAGUUGACUAACAGCAGUUACAUGCAGUUGAAAGUAGUAAAUUUACCAAGGAAAGGUGCCUUCUUCUGGAUUGGGGCCUUGGAUUCUCUGAAAUAUGAGGUUACAGUGAGUUCUCCGCCAGCAUACCCUGAAACCUGUGGGAGUCCUGCUAAAAUCAGCUGAUCUUGAUUGCAGGACAGGGCCCAACUUUGUGAUGGUCACUGGAUAUUCAGGUAUUAAGGUACAUGUUUGGGUGAACUUAUGACAGUUAUACUAUGUGUGAUCUGGACAUAGAAAACUAUAAUGAUUUGUAAGUAACAAUUUUAAAUAAGAAAAAAUUACAGAAAUGAGAAAACAGAACACUUGAAUUGCUUAGGACAUAUUUUCACUUUUGAGGAAUUUAUUUGUUUCUGAAUUGUCUUAACCUCUUUCUUUACAUAAUAGAUUACUGUUGGGAGUCACUUUUUUUUCAAACAAUGUAAACAAUUGUUUAAGAAAGUUAAUUUCAGAAAUAAGAAAAUUAUGCUUUUCUGAAGUGAAGUGCUAACUUUAUAAAUCAACUGUAAAUUAAUAUCUACCUGAACUUUUUUCAUAAUUUUUCAUAGCAAUUCAACUUUGACUGUGUUUUGAUUUAAAAAAAAAAACAAGCUAAAAUCCACCAAAAAAAAGUUUAAUGAGAAUAAAAUAUAAUUGCAACUGCAAAAAUGUGCUUGUCUAUUCUGGGAACAAACUUCUUUUCCUGAUUGUGCUUUGAUUAUCCAUUACAAAAAAAAAUCCCCAUUUUGCUUAUUCAAUAAGAAAUAAUUUGAACCAGAAGAAUAGGCUUAUUAUCUCUCUCCUAAUAGCUAAGGAUGAAAUUCUCCAAGACAGGAAGAUUUCAGCAAUUGUGGCAUUACAAUUAUUGGCUUUUUUUUGCUGCCAUUAGGGCAGAAGCAUCAGUUUGAUGGGGUGAUUAAGCCAUAUUGAGAAGUCUGACUGGUGCUGCUAGUAAGUUAUCCCAUCCUUACUGAUCUUCUAACCAAGUAGCAAUGGAUAUUGUGUUUUUAAGUAUCUGUUUGAAAGUCAGCUGCCUCGUGGCAGAGUUGAUUCCAUCUUCCCCACAGCCAUGUGACUAAGCACAGUUGAUUUAUUCGGGGGGAAAUGAGCAGAAAUUCUUUCCUGCUAUAGUCUGUCCACCUCAACAUCUUUUUUUUGCUCUCUUCUGUGAAGAUGGCCAUCAGAUUGCGUAUGGAUGCUACUGUCGCUGUGUCUUCACUGUCUUUGUGUAGAAAGUAAAAAUAGCUAUUAACAGC